AAAAGCUCUUCAAUGAAGACUUUGAUGAUUGUGUAGGCGGUGAAUAUUAUGGUGAAGCACAAACUUGUCUAACAAGGCUCAUUCACAAACUGUCUGUAGAAGAUGAAUAUCUCUUGACAAUGAUGAAACUAAGAAUGGGACUUACUAACCUUGAUCUUGCAGAAAGGUUUUGUGUUUCAGAAAGCACUGUCAAUGGUAUACUCCUUACAUGGUUUAAUUAUUUGUUCAUUGUCCUUGGUUGUUUAAAGGUGUGGCCUCAUAGAGACAUAAUUCUGAAUAACUUACCUCAGUCCUUUGCAGAGCAGUAUCCUAAUAAUAUCAUAAUCAUAGAUGCUACAGAACUAAAGAUUCAAGUCCCUAGUGYCCUUCAAAAGCAUAGUGAAAGCUAUAGUAACUAUAAAUCACAUACUACAUUCAAGUCUCUGGUUGGAGUUGAUCCACUUGGUGGUGUUUUAUUUCUAUCACAACUUUAUGAGGGGUCAAUCAGUGACAAAGAAAUUGUUAAAAGAUCUGGAUUACUUGAUGUUCUUGAAAAAAAGGUUGAAGCUGGUGAAAUAAAAAAGAAAGAUUCCAUCAUGGCUGACAAGGGGUUUGACAUUAAGGAAGAUUUACAAAAGCUUGGACUAGAGCUGAACAUUCCCCCAUUCUUAAAAGAUAAGGUUGGCUUUCAGGAGGAGGAUGUGAUCAGAACACAAACUAUAGCAAAGCAUCGUAUCCAUGUUGAGAGAGCCAUUGGAAAGAUAAGGAGGUUUAAAAUUUUUAAGUCAGAUAUUCCAGUAGCAAUGUUUGGGACAAUUAACCAAAUAUGGACUAUUGCAAGUUUUCUAUCUAAUUUCCAGAAUCCUGUACUGGCAUUAGAACAAGACUAA